GAAGAUACAUUAUACUCAGUAAUGGAGCAGAACAACAACAAUGUAGAAGAUUUCUCCUUGAAUGUCUUUUCUGUCACUCCUUAUCAGCCAAACAGAUCCGAUGCUCUGGUGUCAGAUGGGGAUAAAGCCGGUGCCACUUUGCUCUUUUCGGGUGUGUUUUUGGGACUCGUGGGGAUCACUUUCACCGUGAUGGGAUGGAUAAAAUACGAUGGCAUUACUCACCUGGAGUGGACUCAGUUACUAGGGCCUAUUCUGCUGUCUGUCGGGGUGACUUUUAUUCUGAUUGCUGUUUGUAAAUUUAACAUGCUUACGUGCAAGCCCUGUAAAGAAAGAGAGGAAAAUACGUCAGACCUCGAUCAGACUGCAAGUGGACAGUCCUUUGUCUUCACCGGCAUUAACCAGCCUAUAACUUUUCAUGGUGCCACAGUGGUACAGUACAUCCCUCCGCCGUACCCGGCCCAGGAAGGCAUUGCUGUCAGUCCUGGCUACCUGCACCCAGUGCUCAGCUGCUGCGGUGCUGUUUCCUCCAGCGCCUCACCAAUUCCCACCCCAGGAUCUGCUCACUUCUGCCCUGCGUACCCCCUGGACAAUCCAGCUUUUACCGGAGAUGAGAACUACGCUACUUAUCCUGCAGAGAAUACCAGGAAUCAGAGGUCAGAGGAUGGUUCUGAUGACCCAGAAGAACUGCUGGAAGACUACACCUGUGACCACUUGUCACCUCCACGUUAUGAGGAAAUAUACCCACUGUCUUCAUAAAAUAACCAUGGACGACAGACGACAAUUCUAAGAGAUGCCAGCAUUUUAAUCCCCAAGAAUCUUUUCUUUAAACACUUGCAUGAUAAGGAAGUGUGAGCAAGAUCUUGGCACUGAAACACAGUUCAGUAUCACUGAAGAUAUUUAACCAAUCCCUUCUUUUUCUCCCUCAAAAUUCAUUAGCUCUUUGCUAUGCAGUUUAGUAGCAGAGCUAUUAGUUAUUUAAUAGCAAAACUAUUAACAGCAAAGCCAUUAAACUCAAGGAUCUAAAUCCAUAUUACGGUUCCCCAACAAGAAGCCUGAUUUUCAGACUUGCUGAAACCAGUGUGAACUGUGAAUGUACAAGAUGUUUGUGGAAGGUCAUGAUUGCUCCCGGACAAUCAGCAACAUUAGAAAACACUUCAUAUAUUCUUGAUAUAUUUUCCAUCUUGAUUGUCUGGGAAACUUCAAAAGUCCUCAAGUGGCGAUCCAUGAAAGUGCCUAUAAUGUCUUAAUUCUGCCUGAUUCUUUAGAUUAGCUCAUGCAUUAAUAAGUCCAGUCUACAGAUUAGACUUCCUCUGCUUGGUUCACCUGUACAACCCAGUCCUGUAGUCAGUUUUUGAGCACCCUGGUUGAACCAGAGCAUCCCAGAGCAGAGAAAAUAUGAAUAGUGACCUCUGUCCAUUUUUACACAGACCUCUAAGACAUUCUGCAUGCAUCACAUUCAGUUCCCUUCCCCACCUGAUGGGAUGAAAGAGGAAUCCUAACAACUACUAGGUAAAUGUCCCUAAAGAAAACGGCAACUUUCUGAAGCCUUGACAGAGGUGUGUGGUCCUACCAGUUUUAAAGGCUUUAACAAUCACAGCUUGUCCCUGCUGCACCCUCACUCUAUGGGAGAGCUGUGGUGGAACCCCUCCUGAGGUCCCUUCUUGUUUGAAUUUGGGUCCUAGGCACACAACUCAGGCUGUAGGUUCCUCCAGAGCAUCCAGACAACUAUGGGCUACAGUGAACUUUAUUGUUCAACUUUCAAGAUCAACAUGGUUCCAGGCACUGGUAACCACAAAUGGAUUUUCAGCCGUAUCUAACAGAGGAUGAAGUGCAUAAGCUGCAAAAUCUUGCAAUCCAGAAUGAAGGUCCAAAAGGUUUACUCUAAGCACCAGAGCAAUGAGAAUGCCAUGAGUCCUUUCAUUUUUAUUUUGUAUUUCCACAUAUGCUUCAAGUUUUGCUUUUGAGUGUGCCUAGAAGUGCCCUGACACAGCUGGACAAGUCACUACCUCCCCAUGCAGGAUCCUAUCAGUUUUGCCUACCUCCCUCAAAGGGCUCAAGCCAAAAGUUGUUCUCAGCCCACACCUGCUGGAGCAAGCACCACGCAAAACAAUCUAGAGGGCAAUGGUCACCAUCCAAAGUAACCAAGAGGUGUGCUGCUGGUGUACCUGUGGGUGAGUCUCCUGGCCUGGAAUAGCACAGCUAAAAGCAGGUGUCCAUUAUGGAAUGCAUGAACUUUCUCUGACUUGCCAACACAGCUGUCUCAGCUCCUGCCAGUUGUCAUCGAUCUGUGAUUGACCUCACUGAUCUCAUUCCUGAAGCCUGGAGAAGCCUGGUGUUGAGCAUGGGCAGGCGGUAUGGGAUGUACCUGGCAGCUGGAAGUCAAUGAGUGUCCAUCCAGCCUUGCUAGGAAUCAGGAGACAUAGCUCUGGAUGGAGAGAUGCAUUCAGAAGUUUGUCCAGUUGCAUGGAGCUGCAGAUGUGCACCGACCUCCCUGUCCUGCAUACUUAGAGGGUGCCAAGAAAUAAAGCAUUUUUGAGAGGCACAAGACAACCACUGUCCUCCAUAGGGGUGGACAUGACAUUCACAGAGGUCAUAUUUGGGAUGCAACAUUUAAACGGACUCGAAACUGGAUUAGCAACUGCAGCAGCAGCUACUGGACAGUGACUACAAACUAUGUGCACGGUAUUUCUCAAUAGAGAAAUACGGAGCACACUGAUUUUCAGCAGUGAUGGCCUGGUGUUAGCAGGUAGGCAUGUAUAGUUGCAGAAAAGCAGGCACUCUGUGUUCAGCAUGAUCUCUAUGGGAUUGAGUAAGACAACAGAAGGUCUAAAAAUAAAUGCAAGUUUCUCUUAUGGAAAUCUCUUGCUCCUCUUCCAGAAUUUACACAGAGAUGAACUCAUCCUCCCUCCACAGCAGGAAACUGGAAGGUCGCAAAUCCCCAGUUAGUUCCACAUGGACAGAUCCCUGCACUUAGCACGUAGUUCUGCUGACUCCAGCAAGCACUGCAGGAGCACAGAGGUCAGGCUUGAUGGAUCCAAUUGCAGGACCAGGGUCAAAAUUUCUACCCGAUCACCCUCCCCCACAACAAGAAAAUUCCUUCAGUCACAAACCACAGACUUCUGCUGCUGCUCUCCCCCCCCCCCCCAAAUAUUUGGCAUAAGCAUGUUUCAUGGGGUAAUUAUAGCUUUAUUUUUAUGAUAUCAAAUCGUACUGUCAGAGUAAAUAUGAGAAAUCUAGAAGAUUACACUGUGGACUCCAUAUUGGUUUUAAAGUGUACUUCUGUAGACACUAAGUUCAUUGAAAUAGACCUAGAUUUCUUUUCAGUGAGAAGGCUGAAUAAAUAAUUUUAAAU